ACAAACCCAACAAAGCCAUUAGUACGAAAAUCAAGCUAGAAGGUGAAAAACCACCAACAAGCACCCCAAGGUCAGAAAAGGAAGGCAACAAAGAGCACCCAAGAACUAAAUUCGAGCAAACACAAGCAUAUUCAAAGUGCAAAAGCUCAUUGAGGCCGUCUAUCGAACAGAUGGUGGGCACAACGCAACAUGAAGAGCGAAACACGAAAUUCACCCACCAUACUCCAACCUGUUUGGCAUACACGAGCACAACAUGCUACGAUUCAAGGGAGUAUCAAUUUAUUGGAAGUUUCCCCUCUAAUUGUGCCAAUUUUCGAAAAUCCCCAAUUUCCUAACCAAGAACCCUAGAAUUUGAUUUUUCUAGAGAAAGAACAAAUUGAUGCUCAAAAUUACCUAAAAACACAAGAAGAAGACUAAGGAAAGGAGAUGGGAGGGGUGGGACGCCGCAGAGAUGCCAGAAACGGAGUGGUUGCCGGUGCUGAACUGCAGCUGACGGGAAGAGUAGAGGAGCAGGCGGCGGCUCCUAGUGCAGACGCCGACGGGCAAGGGCUGGGGAAGGCGAUGGCGGGGAGCCGAUGGCGGUGGUCACUCGUGAGGUUACAGAGGGCGGUCGAGCAGGUGGUUGGUCGCAUUCACGGGAGAGGGUGGGGAAGAAACGAAAACACGAUGAAGAUGGGAGGCAAAGUUUUGAAAAGCAGAAAACAGGACCUCUCACUUGUGGGAAAAACCCGGGCGGGUUUAGAGGGCGGGUUUUCAAAACAUGACCCUGCCUUCUCUUACGCGAAGGACACCGAAAACCCAACCUCUUUUUUUUAGGGGGAGAGGCCGUGUUUUUGGAUGGGGAUUCCUGCCCACCUCAUUUGUACGCACCACAUACGAACGGACGGCAAGGAACACAUGGUACCUGGAGCCACGGAAAUUACUCAAGACAGACUUACCACACAUAAACAAACUCAAAACAAACAAAAAGGAAAAGAAAUG